CAAUGCUUCUUCACCCUCUUGAACUAUGCCAAAUCCAAGCCUACUUCACCAAGACUUCCAAACCCGAUCUUCUAAACUGCCUCCUUAGGACCCUCGCACUCAAUCAGCUUCCUGUACAGGUUCUUCUAAUCUACAAUCAAAUGGUUCAGCACUCUUCACAAGAUCACUUCACCUACACCUACGCUCUCAAAGCCGCCUCUCUACUCGUCCCAAACGCCGCCCACAAAGGCCAUGAAAUCCAUGCCCGCGUCCUCAAGUCCGGCCACCACGCCGACCUCUUCAUCCAAAACUCUCUCAUAAGCUUCUACUCCUCCGCCGCCGACGUCGCGUCCGUCCGGUGGGCGUUCGCCGGCAUCGCCCGGCCCGACGUCGUCUCGUGGACUUCGCUCGUGUCGGCCCUCGCGAGGAGCGGCCACGACGCGGAGGCCCUCGCGGCCUUCGCCUCCAUGGACGCGAGGCCGAACCCGAUGACCCUCGUAAGCGUUCUCCCGGCCUGUUCCCGUCUUAAAGCUCUCAACUUGGGGAAAUCUGUCCAUGCGUUUGGUCUUCGGAGCUUCGGCGGCCAUAGGAGUAAUCUUAUUCUUGAUAAUGCGAUGCUGGAAUUGUACGUAAGCUGUGGUGAUUUGGUUGCUGCGCGCCAUCUGUUCGGAGAAAUGGCUGAGAGAGAUGUUGUCUCGUGGACUACCUUGAUUGCCGGCUAUGCGCGAAAUCAAAGCUCGGAGGAAGCAAUCGUGGUUUUUUCGGCAAUGCUAUGGGAUGGAGAAGCAGCGCCGAAUGAGGCGACUCUGGUGAGUGCGCUGCGAGCAUGUGCCUCCUUGGGGGCGUUAAGGUUAGGCAAAUGUGUGCACUCAUACUUUCUUAAGAAUUGCAUUGGUGUUGAUGGAUUGGUGGGCAACGCUCUGAUUAAUUUUUAUGCCAAGUGCGGAGAUGUGGGUAUGUCUUGUAAGGUAUUCACUGGGAUUUCUUGCAAGGAUUUGGUGUCUUGGUGCACAAUGAUGUGGGGGAUGGCCAUGAACGGGCGAGGAAAGCAAGCUUUGCAGCUUUUUGCUUCAAUGCUGUCUCAUGGGGUUAGGCCGGAUGGCUUGGCCUUCCUUGCAGUACUGUCUGCGUGCUGCCAUGCUGGGCUGGUUGACCAAGGGUUGAUGAUAUUUAGGGCCAUGAGCGAAGUUUAUGGGAUCAUGCCCCAGAAGGAGCAUUACACAUGCAUGGUUGAUGCCUAUGGGAGGGCUGGGAAGUUAAAGGAAGCAGAAAGUUUAGUUCAGAGGAUGCCAGUUGAGAUUGAUAGGCAUGUGUGGGGAGCAUUGUUAAGUUCUUGCAGGUUUCAUGGUGGUGAUAAAGUUGAAUCAGAGUGCCUUAGUGGGCAGGUUCUUGAAGGAGAUGUAAGUGUUGGAGGGGGCAUGUAUGCGCUGGUGUCAAACAUGUUGGCUAGUGGUGGGAGAUGGGAGAAUUCACACUCUGUAAGGGAGCUAAUGAGAGCUCGGAGGAUUAGAAAGAUAGCCGGUUGUAGUUGGAUUGAGGUCCGUUGAUCUGGGUUGUGCAAUGGACGCAGAGAUCUUUGGUAAUCGGAUACUUGUUGUUGCUAUGAUAGAGUGAAAAGCUUCAGAGGCAUAUGGGUUUAAAUCUUGAAAAAUGUGCCCUUAAUGGCCCAUGAGGAUCUAAUUAGCUGGAGCAGAAGCUAUGAAAAUCCAGCCAGGAAUUGUUCUAGAGCUGCAAUGAGUUUAGAACCUCCUGAUUGUAUGCAAGAAAAUUCUGUCUCAGGGAAUCUCAUUGUCGUGUGCUGUUGUCCAUAGCUUUUUCUGGCCAGGGUUAUCUAGUUCAAGUUUGAACAAGUACAUAUGGUGGGGUAAAAGUUGAUAACAAUAGUUAUAUUGGGAAACAGUUUCAGGUUAGUUAAAUAAAAAAUUGCAUAUAUUUUUUUUUCUAGUCAUAUUCAAUAGUAAGACCAAUAUUAAUUCUUAUUGAUGCUUUCAUUUGCUGAAUAGUCAUGUAAUCAUGCAGCCAUACCCCAUGAACUUUAUGGCAAUGGGACUUCAGUCCAGGCCACAUUUUACUCAAAGUUCUCUCUCAGGUUUAUGCUGCUGCUUCUGCUACCCUCUCUCCUCUCUCUUAUUAUUUCUUAUUUUUUGAUGCUUCAUAGCAUUUCUGCCCAACAGAUUCCUGGUAUUUUAAUGGGCACAACAAAACUCAAGCUAUGCUUUCCCACCACCUCAAAUAACAGAGGAUCUUAAUAUUCUAAUGGUCUGAGUGAUAAAUGGUCUUCAAACACUUCUCAGGAUCACUUCAUUUCUAUCCGCAUCUUUGUGUUGUCUUUUUUACAAUGGAAAGUUGGCAUUUUUGUUGCAUUUUUUUGUGCAGGCUAAAGUUCUCUCUAUCCCUGUCCUUUUGGUUGGGGCUGUUGUCAAUCUCUUUUCUUCUCCUUUUUGUUUCUUUCCUUUGCCUAAACUUUGGUGCCUUAAGAUGAGCAAUCAAGGACAAGCAUAGCAUACUUCCAAAUUUUGAGUCAUCAAUGUAGAUUGUUGAGAUGAACCUAGUGAUGUGGAUAUUGAAAUGUCAGUAUUUGAUGGUAGAUCCAUGAAAGUUUCUUUCGGAGAUGCCAUGAUAUUAUCUCCUCCUACUAGAUUGUGAUUUUCUUGGCUGGUACCAGCAGAACAUAAUCUCUAGUUUAGUGAUAGAAUAGUAGGUUCCAUAUUCCCCUCUAUUAUUAAGAGCGCAAAAGCUAUUUCUUGUCAAACAUUAGGAGAGCAAAAUUACAUAUAUAAUAUGUGGUUGUCCAUAAAACAGCAUUAUUGAGAUUAUAUGAUGGGGUUUUGGCAUCGAUGAGAGCAAAAUUAUUUACAUAUAUAAUGUGGAUUAGAUCUAUUGUUCCUCUAGAUUCUAGAUCUAAUCUUCUAUCUCAAACUCUUAACUCCUUCGAAACCUCCGUCACCUUUCUCAAAUCUCAAAUCCUUUCUUGUUUUCCUCUUUGAUCACUUAGUUAUGGAUUUAUAGUUUGCUUAAUUUAUUGCAGUGUUGUCCAUUUAUGAAGUAGUACUUGUACAACUACAAGAUCAAGGUGCCCUUAAUCUUUAACGUGAGGAACACUGGAUAGUCUAGAUUGUUGGUUAUCUUCAACGUGAGGUCUACUUUCUUAUUUUUGUUCUUUUUUUGUUUUAAUUUUGUUCUUAAAAGUUUGUUCUGUUAGAUCUAUGUUGGACUGUUGGUUGUGUAAAAGAACAUUUUUAAUAUGUUGUCUUCCAUUAGAUCUAUUCUGAUUUCUGGCAUUUGAUUUCGUAACCAUUUUCAAACUGAUCAUAAGAAAGGUUGUUAUUUUGAACAAAUGAGCAAGGUUCUUAACCAAUCUCAACUAAUUAUAAUCUAAACUGAUAAUUGAAACGUAAGAAAGGUUCUUAUAUUGAACAAAUGUCCAGACUGAUAUAUUUCAUCUUUCUAAAUCAAUAUUUUGUUUUAUACAUGGUUCCUUAAUCCUAAGUCAAGUAUUGAAGCAUUCGUGCAUUGCUAUUUGGUAGCCUGGUAGUAGCACCAGAACAUACCAAGUAGUGAUAUGUAGAUGAUAUGUAGCUGUGUUACAUGCCGCAUGGAUCGUGGUUCUUGCAGAUCAUUUAUUUUCACUAAAAAACAUGAAGAUAUUCCUACAAGAUGAAAUUCAACUUUUUUGAUGCCAGAGAGUGCUCUUUUUUAUGCCAGCGUGCCUUUCUUAUUUGAAAUAAAAUGAUUCUGAUUACAAGCAUUAUCCAUCUGAAGAGGAGUGGGGCAAUAUUGAGAAGAUUAGCAAGUAGUUGAGUGUAUUUUUCUCAAGUUUUCUUGAUUGAGCUUACUGUAAGGCAAGAGAUGCAGAGUAUAGAUGCUUUCAUGCAAAAAAUAACAUGGCAAAUGCAUGGAAAUUUUGAAAAGUAUUGGUCGGAUCAUAGCUUAAUCUUGCCUAUGGCAGUCAUUUUAGAUCCUCAAUACCAAUUUCAGUUUAUGGAAUAUUGUUAUAAGAAGUUGAAUGUAUAUGGUUGUACCGAGAACAUGCACAUCCAUGAUUAUAUGUUUUCUCUCUUUAAUCAUUAUAUGCUCGCAACUCUAGACCUCCAAAUACUAGCACAUCAACUCAUGGAGACAUGGAGAGGGAUACUUCCUUGUGAGACUUCUGAGCCAUGCAGAAAAGCGGAUGCUUUUAAGGUAACUUAAAACUUUUUAAGUAAAAUAAAUGUAUUGUACUUGUAUAUGGUAUUGUUUCUGAUAAAUAACUAGUUUCAUUUUUCCAAUAAUGUAGGAUUUUGAUACAUUUGAAAGCUUUGAUUGUGUGACUACUACACAGAAGUCUCAAUUAGAAUUAUAUUUGGAUGAGCCUAGAGUUGAUAAAAAGUCCAAUUUGGAUAUCCUUGACUUUUGGAAAGCUAAUCAGUCUCAAUAUCCUCAACUUUCUCUUAUGACACGUGAUAUUUUAACUAUUUCAUAUCUAUAGUUGCCUCUAGAUCUGCUUUUAGUGUUGAUGGGUGAGUACUUGAUAAGUAUCGUAGUGCACUUAAAUUGGAUAUUGCUGAGGCCUUGGCUUUGACUCAAGAUUAGGUGUUAGGAAAGAAAAGUAUAUGUUUCAUUAAUUACAUUGCUAUUAUUUUUUGAAUGAAUUUAUUAUUAAUUAUUACAAGAUUUCAAUGUAGAUGUGUUGAAACUUGAGUUAGACGAGAUUGUAGAAGAUGUCAUGAACUUAAGUUCCUAUAAUGAAGCCCAAUCAACUCAAUGCUUGGCCAAUAUUGAAGUCAAUCCAUAGUGAGAUGAAUCAUAGUCAUGGAUACUUUUUUGGACUUAUGUUGCUCCUGUGUUUUGGACAUGUCAUGAUAUUAUCUUGUUACGUAGGAAGUACAUGACAUUUAAGAAAGAUUAUAAUGAAUUGUUCUUGCAUCUUCUACAUGUUCUUGGGAAGGAUGCAAUGCAUUUUGAAGAAUUGUAUCAGGAACAACUAGUCAUCUAACACAUGUUGAGAUGAAGGGCUGCAGAGCAUGGUAAAAGCAAUGAAACAACCACCCCUUCUAUAUUAUGUCUCUUGCAAGCUGAUUAAAAGGUUAUAACUUCUGUCUUCUAAGUUGAGUUUCGGUCUAGACAGGAAUAUGAAAUAUAUGAUUUGUAGCCAUUCUUCUCUAGCACACAUUUCAACAGUAGCAACUUGAUUCUUGUAGACACCCUCGUGGAAGAUGAAGUAGUGCAGCUGUCUGAAGAGGAUCCAGAUAUUUACCUAUCUGAAGAUGUUGUUUUGACUGACCAGCCAACUAAAACAUCUUGUGAAAUAUUAACACUCAGCAUGCUACUUGUGUCAAUCUGUAUGUUGUUUUUUGGUCGAAAAAUCGUGUUGAUAUCAUGGUGUUUGGUUCUAGACAAGAUUCUUAAUUCUUGUGAAGGAAUGUAAAUGCUAUCCACAAGUUUCUAGAUUGAAUGGUUGUCAGUGCUUCUUGUAAAAAUUUAGCUUCAUUGUUAUCCAAACAAGAUUCUUGUAAUGUUUUCUACAUUUAGAUUUUUAUAAAGAUUGAAUUUCAAUGCUAUACAGACAA